AUGCGUUCCUUCAUUGGCCUGGCCGGGCUGGCCUGCUUGUCAUCAGUGGUGCUGGCCGUCCCAGCGCCAGCUCCUACAGCACCUGCUAAGUUAGAAGAUCGUGCCGCGUCUUGCACAUUCUCUGGCUCCAACGGUGCAGCAGCAGCUAGCAAAUCCAAGACUUCGUGCUCAACCAUUGUAUUGUCGAGUGUUGCUGUGCCGUCGGGAACGACACUUGACCUAACUAAUCUUAACGAUGGAACGAAGGUCAUCUUCGAAGGCACAACCACUUUCGGCUACGCAGAGUGGUCAGGUCCCCUUGUCUCCGUCUCAGGAAACGACAUCACCGUCGAAGGAGCCUCUGGAGCUGUGCUCGACGGUGACGGAUCUCGUUGGUGGGACGGCAAGGGCAGCAACGGAGGCAAGACGAAGCCCAAGUUCUUUUAUGCUCACAACCUCAAGUCCUCGUCUAUCAGCAACAUCAAGAUCCUGAACUCGCCUGUGCAGGUCUUCAGCAUUGAUGGUGCUCAGACACUGACUUUGGACCAUAUCACAAUUGACAAUUCGGCUGGUGACUCUCAAGGUGGCCAUAAUACAGAUGCGUUUGAUGUUGGUGAUUCGAAUGGGGUUACUAUCUCGAAUGCUAUUGUUCAGAAUCAGGAUGAUUGUUUGGCAGUCAACUCUGGCACUAACAUCAUUUUCACUGGCGGUACCUGCUCCGGUGGUCAUGGUUUGUCCAUUGGCUCUGUUGGCGGCCGUUCUGAUAACACGGUCCAGACCGUUCACAUUGAGAACUCUACUAUCAAGAACUCUCAAAACGGCGUCCGCAUCAAAACCGUCUAUGGCGCCACCGGCUCCGUCUCCGGCGUAACCUACAAGGACAUCACACUCUCCGGCAUCACCAAAUACGGCAUCGUCAUUGAGCAGGACUACGAGAACGGCAGCCCUACAGGAACACCUACUAACGGCGUCCCAAUUACUGGCCUUACCAUUGAUGGUGUAACCGGUAGCGUCACUAGCAGCGCUACAGAAGUCUAUAUCCUCUGCGGCAGUGGUAGCUGCUCCAACUGGACUUGGCAGGGCGUUAAUAUUACCGGUGGUAAGAAGAGUAGCAGUUGUAAGAAUGUUCCUAGUGGUGCUAGCUGCUAAAAGAGUG